AUGGUGCCCCGGCACCUGCUGCCCGGGCUGCUCUUCAAGGCCUGGGCUUUGGUCUGGGUCUCCGGGCUGCCUUUGCCCCAGGAUUGUACGGUCCUGGCCGCCAAUGGCAGUUCCGAGGCCGGGGCCGGGGUUUUAAUUUCGGCCUACAAGGCCCUGCUGCCAUUCAACAUCAGUGGCCGCCGGCGUUUCUUGCCCCACAAUAUGAGCCUAACGGUGCAGCUUUCGCUGUUCCUGCUGAGCGGCUUCUGCAGCCUCGUGGCCCUAUAUUUCAUGAGCAGGACCUUCAAGCUCAAGGCCAGGAUGAUGAAGAAGAAGCCCCCGCUACCCGCAAGCGAAGGUCUCCAGGAGCUGGCCUUUUCGGACAGCGAUGAAGAGACCAUCUCUGAGAUACUCCGGUACAAAUAA